GGAGAAAGGGAAACGGGUUUGUGCUCAAGGACCUUCGCUUCACUUUUUCAAUGUCAUUCGGGCACCCUGCAGCUAAGCUAGCAUCUCAUGUUAUAAAAUGGCACAUUCUCUGCCUCAGUGUCGUCGUUUUUUUAUACAUCUAUGUCUAUAUCUAUAUCUAUGUCUAUGUCUAUGUCUGUAUCUAUUCUGUACAUGUGUCCAUAUCUGUGUCUAUGUCUAGAUCUGUGUCUAUGUUUAUAUCUAGAUCUACCAUACCUCUCUGGGCUUUACAAUAUGUACUUAUGCUUUACCAUGCUUCCACUAUGCUUUUAUACAUUGUCCUGCUUUUACUAUGGGAGUCUGAGAAAGAAGGGGCCAUAAACUGUAAUACUUAUGUGGCUCUUAUUGUUUUAGAUACACAAACAGAAAGGCAUAAUGGCCCAAAACAGUGGAAUGGAAAUUGACAUGGAAACAGAUGACCUGAAACAAAAGCCUGGGCAUACAGAACAGCUGGAGGAGAGCAGGAGCGCCGAUGUCUUCACAAAGCUGUUCUCUGAGCGAGAGGGAAAGCUACAGGGCUAUCUCCAGGAACUGGAAAGCAUUGCAGACAGUAUGGUUGAUACACACAAGAGCACUACCUUGACCAAGACCAUUGGCAGAUCUGCUGGUGCUCUGAGUAAGACUCUUGCCAUGUCCGGGCUCGCCCUCUCUCCUUACACUGGGGGUGCCUCCACAGCACUUACAGCAGCCGCGGCAGUGGUCAGGAAAGCAGGUGGUCCCAGGGGGCCUAUAGUUAGCAUCGCAGAAACAACCCGCCGCGCCUUGGACGAGAAGAAAGUGAGAAAAAUCUUCCAGAAGUAUGCAGAAGAGCUAGCCUAUGUUAAAGCAUGUUUGGAGGCCAGAGAAACUGAGCAGAAAGGUUUGUCAGACCAGACAGGUGCGCUGGAAGACAUGAAAUCAAAACCUACCAGUUUCAUUAGUGGCAACAACGUUAUUAAGGUAUUGAACAAUCCAGCUCUGAAAAAAACAGCAAAGAGUUUACUAACUGGCCAAAUGGGAAAGUCAGGCAUGAAUGUAGAAAGCUUAGCCACUGGAGCGCGGGCUGUCUUUGAUAUCUCCUCUCUCUAUAACGGAAGCAGACAGGAGGUUGCUAAGAAGAUACGGGAGAGAGUGAGUGAGCUGAGGAGUGAGCUGGAUUCAUACAGAGAGCUGCAUGAUACAUUGGGCAAGGGUCAACGGAAUAGGCAAACACACACACAUUGAUACUAAAUAGAUGCUUCAUAUCAUUAUUAUUUACCUAAUAUGGGUGACUCACCUGGUAAAGGCACAACUAUGUGAUGUGUAGGGUGAGUCAUACAUACCCUACUGGGCAUACCCACGUUGAGCUGCCUUUGUCCUCCAACAUCUGCUGUCCAGCUCCUGGAUGUAAAGACUGGCUUGGGGAUCGGAGGACGCCCACUGACCUUCAGUUCACCUGAGCUGAUGAGGGGAACUGCUGCAGUAAGGGAGUGUAAUUGGCUAACACAGUAAAUCAAUUGGCAGUGCUUCACCUGUAGGCUUUAACACAAAUAUAUUUCCCCUACCUCCAAGUUUUUUGUUUUUUUUUUAAACGGAUUUGUUUAUCAAACUUUAUUAUAAGAACAUUAUUAGAACAAUAAUUAUAAUGGGCUCUGAAAGGAUUUUUAAGGAAUGUUUUGUUUGGGACUGUUUUGUGAAAUCCUCUUUUGAAUAAUUAAAUCAAAUUUGCAGUUCAUGUAACGAAGAAGAAGAGAAUGCUUAUAAACUUUCUAACAAACCAAUCCUUAAAAUAACAGUCCUUAAAAUAACAGAUCUUAAAACAUUCCUUCAAACAGCCCCUAACAUAGUGUAGGUCCCAAUAUCCUCAUAUUUACACACAUAACUGAAAAAGGGGCAGAGUGAGACUGUGAAUAACAUUCAACAACAUCUCAUUAUGACAAUGAGAUGGCAUUGGACACAGCAGGACAUG